AUGUCUGGGUCGCAAGAACAAAUGCGGGUCCAGAUGGUCCAGCUUUGCCGUGCACAGCAAGCUAGUAAGGACGCGAUCGAGAAGAUGAAGAAAGUAUUAGCAGACACGAACAGUACUGCGAAAUGGAUGAGUCAGAAAGAGAAGGACAUCAGCAGGUUGAGGAAGCAGAUCCAGGAGCUUGAACGUGCUGCCAACGCUCUGACUCUCGAUGACAUGCUGGAAAUCCUGGACAUCGGCCGAGAGCAUCCCUUAUUCGACAGCCGAAAGAUCCUGCGAUCAACUCCAGAAGUUUCCCAGUCUGAGCUAGCUUUGAGCAUAACUACUGAUGACGCAUUUAGGGAAUGGCAGGCUGCAGACACAUCAGCAGAAUUGUUCAUCGAGACUCAGUUGUCCUCCGUGUCCAGUCGUCAUGUCUCAGCCGUAUCGCUGGUCAGUAGUAAUCUUGUCCAGAGCUUACAAGAUCGACCAGAAGCCACGGUUAUCUACUUCUUCUGCGGACAUCACACAGCCAUGAGCGAUGCCAUGCGAGGACCUAGCGGCAUGAUGCGCAGCUUGAUAACACAAAUAUUGCGCCUCUGUCCUGUGCGACUUGACUUCGUUUCAGUUCGCCUUCGUCAACAGCUGGAGCUGCUCAACUUCCGAGCACUGUGUGAAACCUUCACUAGACUGGUUCGGCAGUUUCCGGUGACUACUGUCCUUUCUUGCAUCGUUGACAGUAUCAGUUUCUUCGAAGGCCACGAUAUCGUGCAGGACUGCAAGUCCGCAGUGGAAGUGCUGCAAGAUCUGGUCUACAAUCCAGAGCUCGGUGCACUUCUCCUGCUCCUCGUUACCAGUCCAACACGCAUGUUUCCGUCCGAGUGCCGACUCUCGAUCAUGAAUGACGACCUCGUAGGAAGAAAUCGUGCAACGGAGAGACGACUCAGCGAGGCCGGCAUUCGAGCGAGGGAAACGAAUCAUAGCGGCGUCCUGCCAUCUAUGAGGUCGCAAAAUCUUCUGAGCACAGUGGAGAUCGAUAGCGAUGACGACUGGCAUUCGGAUGCCCCAUAG